AUGAGCGAACAGCCAGCUUCGGAUCCUCCGCCACCACUCUUGUAUUCGAUGCGCGAGGAAUGGAAAGGCGUGCAGCCACUAGAUCAGAGCGACCUGACAAACCCGCUCGUGCCCAUCUUCUACCCACCCGAAUACAAGGAUGCAAUGGAUUACUUCCGUGGGAUUGUUGCAAAGGGAGAAAAGUCGCAGCGCGUGCUCGAGCUCACAGAGCAUAUCAUCCGCAUGAAUCCGGCACAUUACACCGUCUGGCAGUACCGAUACGAUACACUCCUUGAACUAGAGGCGCCGUUGGACAAAGAGUUGGCGCUGAUGGACGAGCUCGCAUUGACAAACAUGAAGUUUUAUCAAGUAUGGCACCAUCGCAAGCUACUCCUCCUCAAAUACGCACAACCAGCAGCAGAGCUCAGCUUCAUCUCCAAAGUCCUCGCCGUCGAUUCAAAGAACUAUCACACAUGGGCCUAUCGUCAGUGGCUUCUCGCGCACUUUGAUCAAGAAGAUUUGUGGAGCCUAGAGUUGCCAUCCGUCGAGUUGCUCCUCCAAGAAGACGUGAGGAACAAUUCAGCGUGGCAUCAUCGCUUCUUUGUCGUCUUUGAUUCUGGUGUGAGAGAGGGAGACGAAGACAGGGAGCAGGUUCUCAGGAGGGAAAUUAAUUUCACCAAGCAGAAGAUUGCGGUCGCGCCAAAUAACCUCUCUGCGUGGAAUUACCUCCGAGGUAUCUUAGAUCGCGUGGAGGUCAAGUAUGCUACUCUCAAGGACUUUGUAGUACUGUAUACGACUCCAAGAGAGGAGAGACCUGUUGUAGAGGAGGAAGUAUUGGAUUUAGACAACCCACGGCCGUCGUCGUCAGCGUCGUUGCCCUGUGCUCUCGCGAUUGAAUUCCUGGCUGACAUUUGCCUGGAAGAGGGAGAUACAACCAAGGCGGCAGAGCUUUUUACUAGUCUGGCAGAGGAACACGACACGAUGAGAAAGCGAUACUGGGACUAUCGUGUAAAAGAGUGUCUGGGUACGCAGUCGACACGUACAUAG